UGUCACGUGACAGGGAGCUAACUAGCAUGCAAAAUGUUAAGAGCUGAAGAGAGAAGUUGAAUACAACACUGAGAUUUAUUUUGUAAGCCGCCUAAAGUUACAGCUAAUGUAACUCCUGAAGUUGGUUAUGGCGAUCAUGUGGUGAAUCUGGAUCCACCAGCAGAAAAGAAGGCUUACAGUUUUCGGAGUGAGUGGCUGAAAGACUUAGAGUGUCUCCGCUAUAAAAAAGGCUCACUGUAAAUUCUGUGACAGAGGUUGCAGGUAACACUGCAUUCGCCACUGAAUCCAUACAUUUUAAGCGCAAGAGCUUAAUUAAACACGGGGAGAGUGCCAAGCACAAGAAAUGCCAAAAUCAGUGUGUGCCAAAGAAUUCAGGAUCAGGUUCGAUUGUUGAAGCUUUUAAUCACCAAGAUGCUGCCGGACAUUCCGCUCAAUUGGCAGAGCUGAACGUGAAAUUGAACACCGCCAUAGAAUAGCUCACCUUUACUAAAUGUAAACCCAUGUUGCAGCUCAUGAAAAUGAACAGUGUUGAAAUCUACAUGGCGUAAGCAAAUGACAAGUUAUGUGCCAACAUCAUCGGCGUGAUAGCAGAUACCAUCAACGAGAACACCGCAGAUAAAGUAUCGUCAGCUCAGUACAUCUCAAUCAUCAAUGAUGGAGACACCGAAAUGCCUGUCAAGUAGUGUGUGAUGGUGUAUGUCCGCAUCCUGCUUGAUGGACAGCCCACAAACAUCUUCUUCGGACAUGUUGAGGUGGAACACACCAAUGCUGAUGUUAUGACACAGAUUGUUCAAUGGAGACAUGAUAAAUCAACACUCAGUCAUCACUAAAUAAUUUCUCCCUCAAGAACGUGUGAUGGACUCACUGGACGUGUGUCCAUUAAAAAGUCUCCAUGCACCAGAGAACACAUUCAUUACAAAUGAGAAAGUGUUUUUCCAUUCACCGCCAUUGUUUCCUCCCGCUGAUGGUCACAAAUAUGGCAGAUGCGGGGAAAAGUGACAUCACUGAAACAGAUUCCAGAGUUAUCAAAAAGUUCAGUGUUUAUGAGGGAUCCUGGGAGGGUGGAACAGAUGUUGGCCUCUAUGAGAAACGCUGGAUCCAGCACACUACAGGUGAUCUCAGAUUUUGAUAUGACUCUCACCAGAUUCGCCUACAAUGGUAAACGCUGUCCUACCUGCCACAAUAUCUUGGAUAAUAGUGAACUGAUCAGUGAAGACUGCAAAGCCAAGCUUCAGGAUCUUCUGGACACAUAUUACCCCAUAGAGAUCGACUCCACACGCUCAGUAGAAGAGAAGUUACCGCUCAUGGUUGAAUGGUGGACUAAAGCCCACGAGCUGCUCGUACAGCAGAAGAUCAGGAAAGAUAAUUUAGCUCCUGCGGUCAGAGAGUCUGAAGCCAUGCUGAGGGAGGGCUACCAGCAGUUUUUUGAUAAUCUGCAUCAGAUGUGUGUUCCUCUGUUGAUCUUCUCUGCUGGUAUUGGUGACGUGUUGGAGGAGGUCAUCAGACAAGCUGGAGUUUUUCACCCCAAUGUCAAAGUGUUCUCCAACUACAUGGACUUUGACGAGUCUGGUGUUUUGCAAGCAUUUAAAGGCCAGCUGAUUCACAUCUAUAACAAACGUGAAGGUGCUCUGCUGAACACUGAACACUUUCACGAGCUGCGCAGUCGCAGUAACGUCCUGCUGCUUGGCGAUUCACUGGGAGAUCUGCACAUGGCCGAUGGUGUCACAGAUAUGCAGAACAUCCUGAAGAUAGGAUACCUCAAUGAUAAGGUGGAAGAGAGGAAACCGUCAUAUUUAAAUGCUUAUGACAUUGUCCUGGAAAAAGAUGAAACUAUGGAUGUGCCCAAUGGUAUCCUGCUCUACAUCACAGGCCAAAAAUGAACUUUCACUCAUCUUUUACGUAAGGACAGAAUCAGUGACCUGUCCUCAGUCCAGUUUUAUAAAGGUUUUGGAUAACAUUUGAUUGUUUUGCAACCUCAACGUCUUCUGCACCUUCAUUUUGUAUUGUUCUCUGGAUUGCAUUUAUAUUUCUUGUAUGCUCAAACAUUUGUGUUCAGUCAAAAAUUGAUUAAAGAAUUAUGGUUCUAUACGUCCCUUUCUGACAGAGGAUCGGCCCAUUUUUAGAACCGUAGUUAAUUAAUUAAUUCAUUUCAUUGUUCAAGUCUUUGUCUUUCCACUCACGCAAAUAAAUGUUGUAUUUUAGAGUUGGUGGCAUUUAUUAAUAAUGUGUGUAUUUAAUGAGUACGAACAUGAAAAAAUAUGGACAGAUGACCAAAAAAAAGAGAAGCUUGUUUUCCAAGGGAAUGUCUGACACAUGCACUAUGUAAGAGAUGUAAUGUAAAGACAGGCUGACUAUAUUCUACUGCUUAUUACAUGGCUACUAAACAAAUCAAUAAAUAGUUGAUUUAUUAUUUGUAGAGAUCGCAGAAUGAUUUGAGGAAAGAUGACACUGAUACCCAGAUGAAUUGUCUAAUAUAACGUAAACCCCUGAUGUGCAAUUAUUUAAGCAAUAAGGUAUGAGAGGCCAUGCUAUAUUGUGAAUAUAGUCACGACUGAUGGCCGUUGAUGGGACAGUUACCACAUAAUAAAAAU